UUCCAAAAAGUUUGUUGAUAAGCGAACUGGAUGAAAACAAAUCUAGAUUUCUUCGGAAAUGAAUCAAUUUUCCCAACUUUAUCGCGAUAAAUGAUACUCACUCGUAUCAGCACAUUCCUGUCAUUCAGAAGUAUUACUUAUUAUAGGUCCCAAUGAGGAGAGAGCCUUGCUCUGCUGAUUACCAACCAGCGCGACAUGUCUUCUACUUCAGCCUCAACGUCUCAGAAACCAAAUACUUCUACAAUUAUAGACGAUGGAACUAAGACAGACAGAGCCUGUCAAACAUGUGAAUGUAUAGAAGGGGAGACAGAUAGUAAUUCCACAGAACCAGAGCCGGAGUACGUACACCACGAGGUUGUCCACUUCAAACAGCAGUUUGCAUGGGACUGCGGGCUCUCUUGCGUGCUUAUGUUACUGAACGCCUCACAGCGGCAAUACUUCCUUGACAACUUUAAUGAAAUCUGUACCGAGGAAGGCUUUGGCAGCUCCACGUGGACUAUUGACUUGUGCUAUUUAUUGAAGAGGUUCAAUAUCAAACACUGUAUGUAUUCCACCAUGAUGGGAGUGAACGAAGCUUACGCCAAGAUGAGCUACUACGACAGCAUUAUGAGCUUGGACAAGGAGCGCGUGCAGCAGCGGUUCGAGCAGUCGGCCGCGGCCGGCGUGGACAUCCGGGAGGGCUGCGUGCGCACGCGGCAGCUGGUGGCGCACCUGGCGCGGCGCGGGCCCGCCAUCGUGCUGGUGGACGCCGGCCUGCUGGCCUGCGACCUGUGCAAGCACAACAAGCUCAGGGUCGAGUUCAGGCGGCGGCUGGGCGGCAGCUACGCGGGCCACUACAUCCUGGUGGUGGGCUACAACAAGCGCGGCGGGCGCCUGCUGUACCGCGACCCCGCGCUGGCGCCGCGGCUGUGUGCCGCGCGCCCCGCCGCGCUGGCCGCCGCGCGGGCCGCGCCCGGCACCGACCACGACGUGGUGCUGGUGCAGCGGCCCUCCAGCUGAGGGGGCGGCCCCACCACGACGUGGUGCUGGUGCAGCGGCCCUCCAGCUGAGGGGGCGGCCCCACCACGACGUGGUGCUGGUGCAGCGGCCCUCCAGCUGAGGGGGCGGCCCCACCACGACGUGGUGCUGGUGCAGCGGCCCUCCAGCUGAGGGGGCGGCCCCACCACGACGUGGUGCUGGUGCAGCGGCCCUCCAGCUGAGGGGGCGGCCCCACCACGACGUGGUGCUGGUGCAGCGGCCCUCCAGCUGAGGGGGCGGCCCCACCACGACGUGGUGCUGGUGCAGCGGCCCUCCAGCUGAGGGGGCGGCCCCACCACGACGUGGUGCUGGUGCAGCGGCCCUCCAGCUGAGGGGGCGGCCCCACCACGACGUGGUGCUGGUGCAGCGGCCCUCCAGCUGAGGGGGCGGCCCCACCACGACGUGGUGCUGGUGCAGCGGCCCUCCAGCUGAGGGGGCGGCCCCACCACGACGUGGUGCUGGUGCAGCGGCCCUCCAGCUGAGGGGGCGGCCCCACCACGACGUGGUGCUGGUGCAGCGGCCCUCCAGCUGAGGGGGCGGCCCCACCACGACGUGGUGCUGAUGCAGCGGC